GGCCAAGGGCCACCGAGCCCUGGUUUCCCUGAGCCGGCUCCUUCCCGACUGGCACAUUCAUCUUGCUUCUUCCCACCUAUCGUCGACUGGAGCCCACCAGCAGGGGAACAGCCAUGCCUUACCUCUAUCGGGCCCCAGGGCCCCAGAAGCACCCGGUUCCCAAGGACGCCCGCAUCACCCACUCCUCCGGCCUGAGCUUCGAGCAGCUGAGGCAGGCAUGCGUGCAGAAGGGUGUCCUCUUCGAGGAUGCAGACUUCCCAGCCGACAACUCUUCUCUCUUCUACAGCGAGAGGCCCCAGAUCCCCUUCGUGUGGAAACGGCCAGGGGAAAUAGUGAAAAACCCAGAAUUCAUUCUCGGAGGAGCUACCAGGACCGAUAUCUGCCAGGGGGAGCUUGGCGACUGCUGGCUAUUAGCUGCCAUCGCCUCCCUGACGCUGAACGAGAAAGCUCUGGCACGGGUCAUCCCCCAGGACCAAAGCUUUGGACCCGGUUAUGCCGGAAUAUUCCACUUCCAGUUCUGGCAGCACAGCGAGUGGCUGGACGUGGUCAUCGAUGACCGGCUGCCCACCUUCAGGGACCGCCUGGUCUUUCUCCACUCUGCUGACCACCGAGAGUUCUGGAGCGCCCUGCUGGAGAAAGCCUACGCCAAGCUGAAUGGCAGCUAUGAGGCCCUGAAGGGGGGCAGCACCAUCGAGGCCAUGGAAGACUUCACCGGGGGCGUAGCAGAGACCUUUGCAACCAAAGAGACUCCAGAGAACUUCUAUGAGAUUCUAGAGAAGGCCUUGAAGAGGGCCUCUCUGGUGGGCUGCUCCAUUGAUAUCAGAAAUUCUGCAGAAUCUGAAGCCCGGACGCCUUUUGGCCUCAUUAAGGGCCAUGCGUACAGUGUGACAGGAAUUGACCAGGUAAACUUCCGAGGCCGGAAAACAGAGCUCAUCCGAGUCCGGAACCCUUGGGGCCAGGUUGAGUGGAACGGAUCCUGGAGUGACAGUUCCUCUGAGUGGCGUUCCGCGGGCCCAGCUGAGCAACAGCGCCUGUGUCACACGGCUCUGGACGACGGGGAGUUCUGGAUGGCGUUUAGGGACUUCAAGACCCACUUUGACAAAGUGGAGAUCUGCAACCUCACUCCUGACGCCCUGGAGGAGAACGCGCUCCAUAAGUGGGAGGUGACGGUCCAUCAAGGAAGCUGGGUGCGGGGCUCCACAGCCGGGGGCUGCCGCAAUUUCCUGGAUACCUUCUGGACCAAUCCACAGAUAAAACUGUCCCUGACCGAGAAAGACGAGGGGCAGGAGGACUGCACUUUCCUCAUAGCCCUGAUGCAGAAAGAUCGAAGGAAACUCAAGAGGUUUGGAGCCGAUAUGCUGACCAUUGGCUACGCUAUUUACCAGAGCCCCGGGAGAGACGAGCACCUGAACAAGGACUUCUUCAGGUACCACGCUUCCCAGGCCAGAAGCAAAACGUUCAUCAACCUGAGAGAAGUCUCUGACCGCUUCAAGCUGCCCCCGGGGGAGUACGUCCUGAUUCCCAGCACUUUUGAGCCCCAUCAAGAAGCCGAUUUCUGCCUGAGGAUCUUUUCGGAGAAGAAAGCCAUUACCCAGGACAUGGAUGGGGAUGUGGCCAUUGACCUUCUGGAGCCUCCGAAGCCGACUCCAGCCGGCCAGGAGACAGAGGAGGAACUGCAGUUCCGGGACCUGUUUGAACAAGUUGCCGGUGAGGACAUGGAGGUAACCGCAGAGGAACUCGAAUACGUCUUAAAUGCUGUGCUUCAGAAGAAAAAGGACGUCCAGUACAAGAAGCUCAGCCUGGUGUCCUGUAAAAACAUCAUCUCUCUAAUGGACACCAGUGGCAACGGGAAGCUAGAGUUCGGGGAGUUCACAGUGUUCUGGGACAAGCUGAAGAAGUGGACAAACCUUUUUCUCCAGUUCGACGCUGACAAGUCAGGCACCAUGUCCUCCUACGAGCUGCGCAUGGCCCUGAAAGCCGCAGGCUUCCAGCUGAACCAUCACCUCCUGCAGCUGAUCGUCCUGAGGUACGCAGAUGAGGGCCUCCAGCUCGACUUCGACGACUUCCUCAACUGCCUGGUCCGGCUGGAGAAUGCAAGCCGGGUGUUCCAGGCUCUCAGUACCAUGAACGAGGACAAGGAGUUCAUUUGUCUCAACAUAAACGAGUUUAUCAGCUUGACAAUGAACAUCUGAGGCUCCCCUGGCAAGAAUGCAGUCUGUCCAGCUGGGUCUUGACUUUUCGACCGUGAACUUCAGAAGGUUUCUUGGUGUAGCGCUCCCCUCCCAUUAUCCAACCUUCUCCUCCCCCUGCCCCACCAUCCUGAUCUUGGAAGAAUGAAAUGGACUCAGCUGUGAUCUCUGAUUUUAUGCUACUUCUUUGUACAAUCACUGCCCUAAGACGGGCUGAUGCCACCCCCUGUGCCUUACGCUCAGGUUCAGGCGUCGUUAGCAACUUCUCCCCGCACUCCUUCCCACCUCUUCCCAGUACUGAUUAUCCAGAGUGUAAGUCAGUGCACAGAACCCCGGCUUCAGUGGAGUGUCAAUCAUUAUACUCCAACAUCCUAGACAGGACAAAGGACAAUGUUUUUGUAGAUGUGUUGGGGCCUGAGAUGAGAAUAGAAAGGUGUGAUGUCAUGAUUACGCCUUUUCUUCAUCCUAGGUGUGUUUCCUUAUCGGGGCGGCGGGGGGAUCCCCAGGGAAUUCUGGAUGAUUACUUGCAAGAAUGGAAUGUUAACUAGGACAGUCUCUGUCCAAUCCAGACAUCCUUUGUGUCUAGAGUUUGGGUCAGAAAAGCCAGGUGCAAUGUUCCUUCUUCUCCGUAGUCCAGAUUUAGGUCAGACUGGAUUGCAUUCACGUCUACCAUGAUGGGGAAGAGCAGAGCGGAGAAGCCUUGUUUUAGCUCCCUGACACUGAAUAGGAAAUUCCCCCCAAAUUGGGAUAAUGGGAAAUAACAUGAUAUUGCCUCGAUAAAUGCUAAGUCUUGUUUUCUUAUUUAUAUACUUGUGGCAGGUGAGGUGGAAUGGAGGGGCAUGCGGAGAGAGGAGGGGAGACAAUGGUUGGGAUGAAGAUCAAGUUAGAAGUGAACCUUCAUCAGAUCCCUCUCCCCUGGCUGAAGAUGCUAGGGCAACAUGAUCUCUUCCCACUUCCCUGCGCUUCCCUGAACUCACACAGCAAUAGCAGCAUCGUGCAAUAACAAUGUUUCCUAGUUCCUGUCCUUGAUACUUGACAUCUUGAGGUCUGGCUGACCCCGGAGGGACUGCCCUUCCCAGAGCUAGUAAAUUCCCAGAGAUAGUGUGCCUUCCACAUACAAGCUAACCAAUACAGAGCCCACACCCCAACCACCUCCUCCAGGGGACUUUCACACUCCACACCACUAUCCACCUGCCCUAAUCACUGCAGGGCCAGGUUCCAGACAACUAGGGACACUUCCCUGGCCCAGAGCUGCUGAAAUUAUUCAAACUAGGCAACCCUCAGAGUGCUUACCCUGCCUUACCCAUCCCUUCCCAGGAAAACCACAAUAAAGACUCUUGCCCACAUUUUUCUCCUUGCUCCCUCUGCUUCCUGAUCAACCCUGCUGCCUCUCUGUGUGGCCCUGCAUGACAUGCCCUUCCCCUUCUUUUGGGAUUGGUGAAUAUAACAAGUGACCUUUUCAAUAGCAAUUGUCUCCUGAUCUGUUGGUCUCACCAGAUAAUAAUUUGAAUUUGCAAGAAAUGAACAGCACUACAAAUGGUAUCUGUGGGUGAAUAUAAAAGAUGAUAAAUGUUUUUUCUCUUCUAAUUUUGUUAAGAGACAUAAGAUUAUACAAAGCAAUAAUUAUAACACUGUUUUCUUAGGUUUGUAAUGUAUGUAGCGAUAUAUAAUAAUAAUAGCACAAAGGAAAGGGAAGAAAUUGAGAUACAUUGAAGCAAUAUUACUAUAUUUUACUGAAAUUAAGCA